GAAUGUUUUCUUAACGGGUAACAGAAAUUAAAACAUUGUGUCUAAAUUUAGGUGUGGCUUAUCUCUUUAAACAUUUUAUAGUUGACCUCUCUCGGUUUUUGGUUUGUAUUUCCAUGAUUUUUUAGGCACAGAAUGGGAGGCUACGAAAUUUAGCACCAAUAUAGAUUUUAUUAUUUUUCGAUUACAUUUUUGACUAUAUGCGCGCACGCCUUCGCAGGUUGCACACUAUGAGAACGAGCCUAUGACCGUUUAUUUCUGAUUGAAACUUCAGGCGGUCUUUGCACAACAACUGUUGCGUAUUUUUCGCGAGUUUAAUUGUCGAGGAUUGUACCUAACUUUUUUUCAUUGUAAAAUGGGUGCUGUUAUUCGUAUAGACGAUUCACAAACAAGAUUGUAAGUCAGUGAAUUGUGGAAUGAAUGGACCGAUAAUUCUUCACCCGUAACUAAUUGAUGUGCGCGAGCUAGUGGCUAACACGUGUAAUGGAAACAGACGAGAAACACAGUGUUGUUUCCAGAUGACUUAUAGUUCUUUUGAAGCCCUGUAAAAGCCUAAUGGUGUCCGAUUCCUUAAAAGGAUUCAUACAAGACAUUGAAAAGAGAAGAGAAAACCUGCAGUUAUGAAGAUGAUAAGUCUGUUCAGCCAUCAUCAAUAGAACAGACAAAAUGGGACAGGUGGGAACCUCUCGACAUGUCUGAGUACGAAAGAAGCGUGGAGUCAGUUCAUAACGUCGUGAGAGAAUUUCAGCACAAGAUCUCGCGCUAUCCGCGGACACCAAUGUUAUUUCCACCCUCUGACGAUUCUUCAUCUUUGCACUCUCUACACACUUCAUUCUUGGAAGAACCCUUCCAGACUCCCACUCAUGAUUCCACUUCCGCCAUUAAAGAAUCUGAAAAGAUGGGGAGAGAAAAGCCAUUCCAGUGCAACUUCUGCGUGAUGUCAUUCACUCGCCCCAGUGAUCUUCAGCGCCAUCUUCUCAUCCACAACAACAACAAGCCAUACAAGUGCGAGGAGUGUGACCGUGAAUUCACGUGGUUCGGUAACUUUCAAAAGCACGUGCUUUCACACAUGGGAGGCAAUACCAGAGCACCAGGGACUUUGCCCUUCUCCGCGAUGUUCACGUUCCUAGCACGUGAACAAGUGAAGGAUCUUUUUAUCAAGGAUGGGGAGAAGUACAAGUGCCGAUUGUGCGCCAAGGAUUUUACACGCCUCAGUGGUUUGAAGACCCACAUACGCAUGCACACUGGGGAAAGGCCAUACGUCUGUGAAGUCUGUUCUUUUGCGUUCACCACAUCACGUGCUCUCAAGAUGCACGUGCGCUUGCACACUGGAGAGAAACCGUACAAAUGUGACGAAUGCGGGCGCGCUUUCACAAGAAGAGAUGAGAUGCAUACUCAUAUGUACAUCCACAAAGGAGAGAAGCCUUUCAAGUGUGAUAUCUGUUCAGCGUCGUUCAUUCGUUACGGUCAUCUGCAACGCCAUCUGUUAAUUCACAGCGAUGACAAACCUUACAAGUGCAAGGUGUGUCCCAAAUCCUUCACACAGUACCGCAAUCUCCAGACUCAUAUGUACAAACACACGGGAGAGAGGCCCUACAGAUGCAGGUACUGCCCCAAAGGAUUCACCCAAUACGGCACUCUGCAGGCGCACGAGAGAACACACACAGGAGAGAAGCCCUUCCAAUGCCAAUUCUGUGAAAAGGCUUUUAUUACGUCAUCACACCUUAGAUGGCACAUUAAGACUCAACACACUGCAAAGAAAGAUUAGAUAAUUGCAUGUAGAUGUGUUUAUUCAGCAAAUGUUUGUAAAUAUUAUAAUAAGCGUUUCUGGCGCCAGUAAUUUCACUAUAAAUACGUCAGGGAUACGUUAAUUGUUCAGUCGGUAGCUGCAUGUCAGGGAGUUCUUGUAUAAUAUUUUAUUAACAUUCUAGAUCAUUAAUUAAUGAAAUGGUUGAUUUGGUUUUUGGGUUCGUUAUAUAAAACUUACAAAUAAUUUUUUGGUUCUCUUUUGACUUUUCCCUUAUUUUCUCGCGCCGUUCAUCAAUUUAUUUGGCAGUCACUAACUCUUUAGCAAGGUUUGAACUUCUGUAAACUCCUUUUUGUGAGUCUUAAGUUAUAUUCACUGCGUACAGAGGCUAAGGGGAAAGGAGGUACAAAAAUGAUGGAUCAAAGAAAUGAAUGCUUCUAAACUUGAAGAAAUUUAAUCACUGCAUGAUUGCCAGGGUACCAACCAGCAAUUUGGAAAGCGAGAUGGACACUUCUUGUGAAGAGAAAAAAAAUUACAUAGAAUUGCGAUUUAGGGGUUAAAUGUAGUAAUUUUUAUGAUUACUAUUUAGCUAUAGAGAGGAAAUUUAUCACACGGGAGCAACCUCGUUUCCAGGGCUUUUCCCUGUAGCAGAUGAGGACAACCUUGAUGAAUUCAAAGACAGGAUUGUACAUCGAUAAAGAAUGAAGAUGCAUAUAUCUUUUUUAAAAUUUCAAUCAAUAAACAGCUUGGGUUACUGCAAGAAAAGAGCAUUCAUUUUUUUCGCUUCCGUGUUUUUUAAUGCCUCAUCUGGGACCGGCCGGGAAAUAUUAUGGGUUAGAACUCGGUUGCGAAGUUGUGAAACAUUUGCGGUCAGCGAACUGAAGUGAUUUAGAGAUAACGCUGUUUGAAGACGCUGAUCAUGAAUUGGUCCCUCUGAAUCAUGAUUUUCUUUCGUAGAUCUCAGUGAAAUUCUCAAUAAAUGACUUUUAAAAUUGAGGGUAUCUAUUUUGAAACUGAACCGAAAAAUUGGAGCUACACUCGAGCAAUGAAGGUAGGAACUCUAAACAGCAUCAUAGAUAACAGGGUGUGACCGAGUGGUUUAGGGCGCUGGUCUCGCAAAUUUGGGUUACUGGAACUGGAAACCGCAAAGGAAUGGGUAUCAGAAUUGGGGCAAAAGGAGGCUAGGAAAAGGGAUUUGAACAAAAAUUGGGCCGGGAACCUCCCUGCCCUUAGCCUGCUUCAAGACCCACCUCACAAACCCGGUUUAAGGUCAUUCCGCUGAAAUAGAACCUGCAAUGAGCUUUU